AUGAGCGACGAUGGCAGCGGCCUCUCCGACAUGGAAGCCGCUGAAAGCACGACAGAGCGGACACCCAGGGACUAUCAGAGGGAUGGCCCUGUGCGUCCUGAUGAGUUGCUGCCUGCAGGCCCACCUGUGCCCAGGCCCGUCUGGGACACCGCUGCCCGUGAUGAUCACCACGCCUUGCGGGAAGGCCGUCUUGAGCCGGACUCCGAUGACUCAGAGGGCUCCAGGCCCGAGCGACGCUGGCCAGUGCAAAAUGGAGACCGGGUGCAAGGGCCGUUCCUGCCAAAUGGCAGAUUCUGCACCACGUCCACAGAGGACUCGUGCUCGGCAGCCCAUCUCAGCAGCCCUUCCGGAGCAUCUUCCAUGGCUGACAGCAGUGAUGACAACCACGGAAUGGACAGGCGUCCCGAUGACCGAGAUGACGAUCGGUCUGAUGCAUCCUCUACCUGGAGUGCCACAACCUUGGUCCUCGUCGAGAACUGCCUGGUACAUGCAAAGAACGUGCUCCUGGGCUGCUACAGACAGCAGCUUGUUGACACGGUGGAGCUCACGGCCCGUCAACAGGGUGGCCGAGUGGGGGCGCUGCGGCGCCAGCUGCGUGACCGAGACUGGACAGCGGUGCAGGAGGCAGCACGGCGACUCUUGGAUGGGCCGCGACUUGAGCGGUGGCAGGACUAUGAGUACCGCAGCACACACCAGCGGCGACCCCGCCGCCCGGCCGAAGAGCUUGUGUUCGGUGCAGUUUCUGCCUUUACCGCACUUACACCCCCUAGGGCUCGCCUCCGGGCGGCGAAGACCGGUGGCACCUUCUACCGAGGUCAACGGCACAGCGAGAUCGCAAGCGAGCAGACAGGAAUACAUGGCUUGGCUCGACACGCAAGGUACGCUGGAGUACUUGUGCUCCUCUCGCGAGCCCAUUUCCUGGACCCGGCUGUACACGAGGCCAUCGGAGGUCGUGUGAUACAUGUGCGUGCAAAGCUGAAGCAGUCGGGGGUCACAGUAGACAUAUUAGCCACGUACCAGCAUGUCUGGCGCAGUCACCUAUCCUUGCUCGGAAAUCGGGAACUGCGAAACACAGUCUGGGAUGCCAUGGACACCAUCAUUGCCUCCCUCCCAUCUCGCAAUCUCCUUGUUGCUUGUGGUGAUUACAAUACCAAUCUGCGACCCUGCCUCCCACAUGUAGGUACCGCCGUAGGCACGCAGGGGCAAGCCACUGCACGCAUCGACAAAGCCCGCCUUAUCCAGGCAGCCACGGGCAGCAAUCCUGACGGAGAGGCGCUGCAGGCGCUUGUCGCUGGCAAGCUGCAGCAGGUCUCCACUGCAGACCCGCAUGAGCUGCACGCCCAGGAGGCUGCCUCCUGUGGCGACCAGCGAACACUCUAUCAGAUUGUUCGGUCCCUAGCUCCUGCUUCCAGUCGUCUUUUUUCGCGCCUUCGUGAUACACAGGGCAAUUUUCUCACUAAGCAUGAGGAGGUUCGGGCUCUGGUAGCGCAGGGUAAAACAACCUAUUCACUUCACGCCGAUAGACCCGUCGCUGGGGUACUGUCUGGCUCCAUAGACCUCACAGAUGAGGAAAUCACUCAGCAGUUCCGGAAGAUCAAGGCUGCCAAGGCUGUUCCCAGCCACCUUGCACAUGCCGCUGCAUGGAAAAUCUGUGCUAGCAGCCUCGGCCCUCUCUUCGGUGAUUCUCUUCGACAGCACCUUGUGCAGGGCCACGCCGGCCUCCUGCAUGGCGACCUCACCGAUGCCCAGAUGGUCAUGCUGCCUAAGGCAGGCAAGUCGCCACACAUCUUAGCGCAUCUCAGGCCUAUUGGCCUUAUGGGUCCGCCUUCCAAGGCCAUUGCCGGUGCUCUGCGAAAUCGCAUGCUUGCGCAGCUGGGGCAAUUGAUCCGCUUCAGGCCACAGUUCGCUUACACUGCGGAGAGGG